CCCGGCAGCGCCCCGACCCGCCUCGGGCUGCGGCCGGCCCUUUCCUUCCGCCUGCCCUGCGGAGCAGGCACCGCCUCCGGCCCCGCCAGCGGCGCCAGGGGGAACACGACACACGGCGGGGGGAUCGCUCGGGCAGCGCCUGGCCCUCCCGCGGGGCGGGGGGGGCUGCAGCGCGGCCGCCGGGGCGGCGGCGGCGGCGGCGGCGGGGAGCCGGGCAGCGCUUUCGAAAUGCGCAGAAAUUAUUUCCUGUCCUCUCGUCCGAAGGAAGCCGGUGUUGUGCUGUCGCAGCGCUGUUAGCACAAACAACCCCGGCCGCUUCGCGCGGGCCCUGCGGCAAAAGCGGGCUGAACUCGCAUAAAGGAACUGGCAGUAACGGCAGUCGUCUUGCCGCGGUGUUUCUCCCUAAUUUCUUAUUCUUCUUCACUGGUUUGGAAGAGGUAUUGUGUUUGAAAUUACAGCGGGAGGAUCAGAGCACUUAAAAAUACUUUGAGUCCUUUCACGCUUUGGAAAUGAAGUAGUGACUGCCUCACCCUGUGCAUGAUAAAGCAUUAGUUUAGGAUGUGUGUGUAAAAGCAGGUUUGAAAAAUGUGUUAUUAGGCGUUGACGGGAGAGCUGGGGCGUCCAGCCCGCCCCUAUACACAGAGAGUGAGGCCACCUACCUCGCUGUAACUUGGCAUAUGCAGAGUUAAAUCACAUCUUGUUGCUGAUGUAAAACAGUCCCCUUGGGACAGAGUGCAGUGAUGAUGUUUAGAUAGCAGCACAAGCUUCAGGACGAAGAAAUAAUACCUUUGAUUUGAGAGAGAGCACGCUUUGCUGUCAAAAAAGUCAGCCACAGCUUAUCAAAACAUCCAGGUGCUUUCCCAAAAGCCCAGUAAGCCAAGACCAGCAAGAUAAGGCCAAGUGAGAUCUAUUUCUCACUUCUUCCCAGGAGGCUGCACAAACCAUGUCCACAGUGGGCUGCUGGAGGGUUACGUAGAGAAGAUGUGGGGUGAUCUUGGAGCUUAUUAGACUUUCUGCCAGUGGGGACAAGAUGGAGAUCUGGAUAGAGGUCCUUCGAGGUUUUGUUUGUUUGUUUGUUUUUAACACACAACUCAAAGCUAGCAAAAUGUAGUCAGAAUCUGAGCUAGAGCAGUACAGCUAACUUUCAGUUGCUGAGUAGGCCUGGCUUAGCUGCAGAUUAUUUUGACAGUAAAAUAGAAAGGUUUUGCGGCACACAAAGACUCUGACAAGAUGCAGUGGCUCAGAAAUCGCUUUGCUUAGGGUUUUUAUUUUUUAAUCAUAGUCUCCAGUUGGAUACUUCCCAUUCUGGCUGGAGUGUAUCACAGCAUGCUCUUAGAUUUUGCCAAACCACGGUUAUUUGCAAUAUUCCAUUACUCUAGUGUUUUCUUACCAAGGGGAAAGUUCACAGAUAGCUUUCGGUUCUGCAUACCUUUCACUGCACAAGAUCCUGGAGGACUGAAGCUUUUGGUGACCUGGCCUAAGUGCAGACAUACACCCCCACAUCUGUGGGAAAGUUUAAGUAAAGCAAAUCUGACCAUGUAGUAGUUUAGUAUUUUCUUAAUUUGAAAUGAUGGAGAAAAGCCUAAACGGUUGUUUUAAAUAUACCCUUUCUUCUGUUCUUGCCGCCUCGAGAGCUUUGCUCUGCCACAGUCCCACUCUGUAAUCCAUGCACAAACUUCUCUUUGUGGAGCAUGGCCUUAGGUGGUAGAUUUUUUUUUUUUAGUAGUGAAGGCAGCAAUUUUACUGCAGUUAGUCAUAAUAAAAUUUCUCAAUAUUACUGGAAAAAUAAUUACCAAAGCUGCAGUAAUAUUAAUGCAGUGUUCAGUGCUUUGUUGUCUCCACAAUUUCUAUUGACUUUUUAAACAAAUUUUUUUAAGAUAAAUGCAAUCAAAUAAGUUCAAGUAACUUAGGCUGUGGGACUGGGGGGAUGUUUAUAUUAGAACCAGAAUAGCUGUGGGUUUAAUCCUCUCUUAAGGAGAACCAGAUUUAUUAUUUUUUUUUGGGUGCCAAGUGAUUGGUUUUAAGUCAUAUGGUUAGUUUUUAUCAAACACAGUAAAAUAACUUUGCAUUUUCUGAAUAUAGGAACCAAUAACUGAGCAGGAAGAGUAAAAGGAGCUUAUCCUAUUUUUAUAAUUAUUUAAUAUUAUAUUUCACUAUUUUAAAUCAAUAUUCCAGCAGAACAGAAUGACAUAAUUCUGCUCCCAGCUACAAAACUAAAAUUGUUUUUGAUCCAAACAGUGCUGCUCUGCUGAUGGAAGUAACAGAAUCACUGUCUAUAGAAAUGAUUUGUGCUUGGGUACAGCCACAAAGCAGAAAUAGAAACAAUGAAUGUCAGGCUGACUAAACGCCAUGAAUGUUUGAACAUGUAGGAGCUUGAGUGUAAUCAUGGCAACGCUGAUGCCUUUUUUCUCUUCUGUUUUAUGCCUCCUGGCUUCCACUCCAGCACUUCAUCCCUGCACAGCUUUGUGACUGCUGUGGAGAUAGUGGCACUGGAGCCUGCAGGUCAUCAUGAGCAGAAUCAUAUUAAAGCAGGAAAGGAGAAAGCAAAAGGAAUUCUUUGAAAAGAAGAAACUUAAAUCGAAGAUGAAGCUCCUGGGAGUAUCAUCUCCUAAGAGUUCAGCAGUCAGUUUAGAUCUCCUCAAUCUUUAUGUUGUUAACCAGAUAUCGACCAAAAAAGACAACACCGAGAACGUGAGGAAGCCAGUCCAUGUUGAUAUCACUGAAGAUGUAAAAAUACCUCUUAGGAGGCACAACAUAGAGCUUCCCACAUCACCACUACGUACACAACAUACGUCAAACUUAGAUGACAUCCAGAACAGGUUACAAAAGCAAGUAUUAGACAGCAGAAGGCAGCAUCUCUCAGAGAAAGUAAAAUACCAGGAUAAUUUAUCAGAAGUAACAGAAUUAACAUAUGCUGAUUCUACUAUGGAAAAUGAAGAGAACAUAGCAGGAGCUUUUAGUGCUUGUCCAUUCUCCUCUUCUGCUUUUUGGACCUCUGACUGUACACAGUUUUCAGAAGAAAAUUUCAACACAAACCUUAUGGGCAACACUUGGGAACAGACCUAUGAAGUGAAGAUGCAAAACCAGCCAGGAAAUAGUCCUGAUCAAGACCCUUGGAUUACAAAAAGCCAGUGUAUUUUCAGGAAGUCUGAUACAGUGCAUCAGGAACUGUUUAAGCCAUUGCAUAGGCUAGACUAUAUGGAUUCUGCCAGGAAAAAUCCAGUGAUAAUGACCAGUAAUGAAUCAGAAAACAGUGAAGGAAUAAAAGAACUAUUGUUUGAUGUUGUGAAAGAAACUGCCGAACAGAAAGCUCCCCAAGAUGGAAGCGAUUGUUCUUUUCUGGCACUGUUCGAAGAUGAGAGCCAACCCAUCCAUAAUAAUCCUUCCACAAUGCAUUUUAAUCCUUUUGUUAAUCAAAGCAGUACUGCUGUUUUUUUCAUUGAUCCUGAUGAUGGAAAGCAAAUGACCAACAGAAAUUAUCCUUAUGAUACUAGAGAGACUUAUCCUGCAAUAAAUGCAGAAAAAAGUUCUGUAGACAGACACCUUGAAGGCAUUUUCACAGCUCCGGAACAGGUUUUACUUAAAGGUAACAAUGCCUCAAGUGCAAGCUACAAGAAAACCAGUGAACUUCAUAAAACCCACCUGCAGGACUGUCAUGAGAGACAGCACUACUUCAUACCCUCUGAAAACAAAGAAAAACCUGCAAGCCUUGACAAAAUUGAGACAUUUGCGUAUCACCAUAAUCAGCGGAUUAACUUAGAGGAGAAUGUACAAAACUAUUCAAGAAAAAAAAGUGAUGAUGAGUCUGUGAAAGAAUCAGCCUGGAGACAGAACCAGCUCUUUGGAUUUGAAGAGUUCACAACAGCACAAGAGAAAGAGUGUAAGUUUGGAGUGAGUUCAAAUCUUCACGAGAUGGAGAAGGAUGUGGAGUCAUCACUCAGCAGCCAGUCUCCCAGUUACUCUCCAAGGCAGACAGAGAGCUGUUUCAGCUCUAGUCCUGACACAUCUGAAGAGGAAGAUGCAGCCAAAAAGAAAGAAUAUCUGAGUGAACGGUCCCUGAAGAUAGAUGAUGCUAACCUAAUCUCAGCCUCAGCAAACACAGAGCCCCCUGAGACCUCUCACACCAGAACCGUGCCUCUCCAGCCCAGCAGUAUUUUGACUAGCGAAGCAGCAAACCAUCUUCAGGAGAAAGACUCUAUUUUAUGUGCCACAGAGGAAGAAAGUAAAAACCACACCGCCCCAUCUGACGGCAGCUCAUUACACCAAGCCCUUAAAAGAGAGCAUGCCACGCACGGUACCAGGUGUGACGGUUGGUCGCAGACGGAGGGCUCUGUUGCAGCAGUAGAGAAAGUGAAUGUUGCCACCCAGUGCGACGCCGUGCGGGUGUGCGGCUGCGGGAGCUCCGUCCCCUCCGCCCGCAGCCCCGCAGGCAGCGCUGGGGGGCACGGAUCGCCAGCAGGUGGGGCGCCGCAGCCCGCGGGCGCCGGCCCCGCUGCGGGAAUAGCGGCGCUUUCUUCUGAAGCCGAGUAUCUGAGUUUGGCUGGCAGAAGGACUCUAGAGGUGCUGAACUACAUUGAUAUAAUGAAGGAGAGAGAUAAGCAGUGACCAGCUAGAGUGGCACAUAAGGAAUACGGAAGACUUGGCCUGUUCUCACUGUGUUUCAUUUAACUGGCAUAUUUUGAUUUUUCUAGCCUGCUUAGAGAAAUUUUUUUUUUUGCUGUUUGUUUGCUUUAAAUUAUUAUUAAUGAUGGCUCUUUAUCUGCCUACUGCUAUCUCUAACUAUGAAUUUCUAUAGAUUUCCAACUGUUAACAAAGGAUUUUAUGAUAGCUUAGCAAAUAUAAACCUUAGGAAUUACAUUUGCUUUCCCACCAUAUAUCCAUAGGAUUCUGUAGUUUGGGAUUGACUUCACUUCUCUUGAAGGUAGUGGAAAGAUUCUGUUUUACUUCAAAACAUAUUUGAAGUUGCUCUUAGUUCAGAACAAGUGUCUGAUUCUUAUCCAUUUCAACAGGCAAACUAGUCUUUGCCCUAUGUCUGUACUAAAUACAAAAAUGGGAAACAACAGAAAAUGCACAUCUGCACACAUCGAAUAAAAUGUAAUUUUAAAAGUAGUAAUUUAUUAAUUUUUGCAGGGAAGAAAAAAAACACACCACAAAACAAACAAAUGCUUAAUCUUCCUUCCAUAGCAGAUUUAUUGAUUCAUUCUCUGGCUGUUAAUACUGACAAAUCUUGUGUUUUAUGCAUUUUGCCUGCAGAUUGAAAUGCUUUCCUCUUCAUUUCAGUGUUUGUGUGAAGCUACAAAUCAUAACAAAUGAAAGUUGCUGAUAAUAUUGUUUCUAGGUAAUAUUCCUUACUUCUAAAAAAGUUCCUAGUAAAGGUGGCAGGGAGACUCACUCUGUUACUGACAUCUACUUAUAUAGCCAUACAGCUUUACUUAUACAUACAUACCUGUAUCUGUGUAUCUUGUGUGUGUGUGUGUAUAGGCUGGCGUUAGCCAGCUGGCAGCAUGCAGGAUCCUGUUCGUUACAAACUGGGCGUGGGCAAAGGCUAUGCCAGAGACUAUCCCUUAAACAGGGCAGGAGACUUGCUUUUGUAAGGUUAAUAUGUUGUGCUCUCUCCCUUGGAGACGGCUGUUAAGAGAGUCACCGCACUUAUUCCCACCAGGUCGGUUUCUUUUAUUUCUACGUUCUGUAAUAAAAGGCUUUGCAGAUGAAGGGAAUGAGA